CUGCUCCCUCUUCUCAGUACCUGCAAAUGGGGGAGGAAUCAUACUUUGAAUUUCUUGUUAUUAUUUGAUACCCACUUCUUUUCUUAUCAUCUUUUAGCUCUUUGGCUUGUAUCCUUCCAAACAUGACUUUCUUGUUGUUUUCUGUUCAUAUGCUUCCACUCCUCUCCUGUUUUAGCUUUGUGGGUACCCCUUAAAAUAAAAUUAAAAAUAUGAAUUCCUUGUUUUGAUUUGACCCCAUUUCCCAAUUUCUUAUUAGUUUUGGUUUUGUGGUAGUACCCUUUGCUAUGACCACUUGACUACUCUCAUCCCCUCCUUUUUUUUUUUUCCUUUUUUUUUAAUUUUUUUAAUUUUUCAUAUUCUGGUGGUGUUGGGUUGGCUAUUUGGUUUUACUUGUAUUGAGCCACACAAGAACCAACUCUGGGUAUUCAUGGAAAUUGAUCUGAACCAUGCAGUGAGUGAGGUGGAGAAGAAUGCAUAUUGUAAUGGGAAUUGUGGCAAGGUUGGCUGUGUCUGUUGUUUGUCCUCUUCUACUUCUUCAUGUUCUUCAAAUUCAUCUUCACCUCCCAAUGUGUCUUCUUCCAUUUAUUUGGAGCUCUGGCAUGCUUGUGCUGGCCCUCUCACCUCUCUGCCCAAGAAAGGAAAUGUGGUUGUCUACUUCCCUCAAGGUCACUUAGAACAAGCUGCCUCAGCCUCUCCUUUCUCACCCAUGGAGAUGCCAACCUUUGAUCUCCAACCACAGAUCUUCUGCAGUGUUGUAAAUGUUCAACUUUUAGCAAACAAGGAGAAUGAUGAGGUCUACACACAGGUUACUUUGCUUCCCCUUCCAGAGUUGGUGGGAAAGAAUUCAGAAGGAAAAGAGCUUGAGGAGUUAGGGGUGGAUGAGGAAGGGGGUGGAGGAUCACCCACAAAGUCUACUCCCCACAUGUUCUGCAAAACACUCACUGCUUCUGAUACCAGCACUCAUGGAGGCUUCUCUGUUCCUCGUAGAGCUGCUGAAGACUGUUUCCCUCCUUUGGAUUAUAAGCAGCAGAGGCCCUCUCAAGAGCUUGUUGCAAAAGACCUGCAUGGCGUGGGAUGGACGUUUCGACAUAUUUAUAGAGGUCAGCCAAGGCGGCAUCUGCUCACUACAGGAUGGAGUCUUUUCGUAAGCCAAAAGAAUCUUGUUUCAGGGGAUGCUGUGCUCUUUCUAAGGGGUGAAAAUGGAGAGCUGAGGUUAGGAAUUAGAAGAGCUGUUCGACCAAGAAAUGGUCUUCCCGAUUCAAUUAUUGGCAAUGAGAAUUCUUAUCCGAAAGUGCUUUCACUAGUGGCCAAUGCAACAUCCACGAAGAGCAAAUUCCAUGUUUUCUACAGUCCAAGGGCAAGUCAUGCAGAUUUUGUCAUACCCUACCAAAAAUAUGUCAAAAGCAUCACCAAUCCAGUGACAAUUGGGACAAGAUUCAAAAUGAGAUUUGAAAUGGAUGAUUCACCAGAAAGAAGGUGUAGUGGUGUAGUCACUGGAAUAAGUGACAUGGAUCCCUACAGGUGGCCUAACUCAAAAUGGAGAUGUUUGAUGGUAAGGUGGGACGAGGAUAUAGCAAGUGAUCAUCGUGAUCGAGUUUCACCAUGGGAGAUUGAUCCUUCUGUUUCCCUCCCACCCUUGAGCAUUCAGUCUUCCCCAAGGCUUAAAAAACUGAGGACAGGUCUGCAGCCAGCCCCACCUGACAACCCUGUAACUGCAGGAGGGGGUGGGUUUUUGGACUUUGAGGAGUCUGUAAGAUCCUCUAAGGUCUUGCAAGGUCAAGAAAAUAUAGGUUUCAUAUCACCCUUCUAUGGAUGUGAUACUGUAAACCGUCCACUGGAUUUUGAGAUGCGAUCCCCUGCACAUCAAAAUCGAGCAUCAACUGGGAUUGAAAAGUCUAAUAUUAGUGAGUUUUUGACGGCUCAUCCCACCACCUACACAGGCUUUGUGGAAUCUGAUAGAUUUCCAAAGGUCUUGCAAGGUCAAGAAAUAUGCCCACUGAGAUCACUGACAAGAAAAUCUGAAUUUAAUUUAGAUGCUUGGAGAAAACCCAGUCCCGGUUGCAAUUCUUUCAACAUGUAUCAAGCAUCCAAACCCAAUUUCUAUCCACUGGAAUCAGAGAGCCUUCAAAGCAUGUAUUUUCAUUAUAAAGACAUUUAUAAAGCUGGCUCAGAUCCCAGAAUGCGCUCUUAUGCAAAUAACUUAACAAGAGAGAAUGUCUCAUUCAACCCAUCUUCUAUUCAGACAGGGGUUAUAACAAAUGAAUUUGGAAAGCCAAAUCUACCAAAUGAGCAUAGGCCAGCAACACACGUGCCUGCUCCUCCCACUUUAGGGACAAAUAUGAGAAAUCCAAAAGAUGAAAAUUUUAAUGGAAUUGUGACUGGCUGUAAACUUUUUGGGUUUUCUUUGACUGGGGAAACUCCAAAUUCACAAGUUUCUGGUAAGAGGAGUUGCACUAAGGUUCACAAGCAAGGCAGCUUAGUAGGAAGGGCCAUUGAUCUCUCAAGGCUAAAUGGAUACGGUGACCUCCUGAGUGAACUAGAACGGCUGUUUAGCAUGGAAGGCCUUCUACAAGAUCCUGAUAAAGGAUGGCGGAUUUUGUACACCGACAGUGAGAAUGAUGUAAUGGUCGUUGGGGAUGACCCAUGGCACGAGUUCUGUAAUGUCGUGUCCAAGAUUCAUAUAUAUACCCAAGAAGAAGUGGAGAAGAUGACCAUUGGACUGAUCAGCGACGAUACUCAGAGCUGUUUGGAACAAGCACCAGUUGUAAUGGAAGCCUCGAAGUCUUCAUCCGUAGGCCAGCCAGAUUCUUCUCCCACAGUAAUUAGGGUUUAAGGAUUACUGUUGUAUUAAUAAGUAUUAUUAUAUGUUUGAUCUGUUUGUGUGUGCUACUUAUAAACACCUGCUUCUGGCUACCUAUCUCCUUUCUGGUGAAUUCUAAGUUCAGUGGUUGCUAUUAUUAAUGAAGAUAUUGAACAAUAAAUUUGCAUGCC